GUGGGGAAGACAUCUCUGAUCAUGGCUCUGGUGGGUGAGGAGUUCCCUGAAGAGGUGCCUCCUCGCGCGGAGGAGAUCACGAUCCCGGCUGAUGUCACCCCCGAGAAGGUCCCCACGCAUAUAGUGGACUACUCGGAGUCGGAGCAGACGGAGGAUGAGCUGCAGGAGGAGAUCGCUAAGGCCAACGUGGUGUGUGUAGUGUACGACGUCACCCAGGAGGCCACGAUUGAGAAGAUUCGCACAAAGUGGAUCCCCAUGGUGAACGGGGGAGUGGAAAAGGGCUCCAGGAUCCCCAUUAUUUUGGUGGGAAACAAGUCUGACCUGCAAGUGGGGAGCUCUAUGGAUGUCAUCCUGCCUAUCAUGAACCAGUUCUCGGAGAUCGAGACAUGCGUGGAGUGCUCUGCCAAGAACCUCAAGAACAUCUCUGAGCUCUUCUACUAUGCCCAGAAAGCUGUGCUGCACCCCACCGCCCCGCUCUAUGACCCAGAGGAGAAGCAGCUGAAACCUGCGUGUGCACGAGCGCUGACCCGGAUUUUCAACCUCUCAGACCAGGAUAACAACCAGAUCCUUAGUGAUGACGAACUCAACUACUUCCAGAAGUCCUGCUUUGGAAACCCACUGGCUCCCCAGGCCCUGGAGGACGUGAAGAUGGUUGUGUGGAAGAACACGACAGAUGGGGUGCAGGACAACGGCCUGACGUUGAACGGCUUCCUCUUCCUCAACACGCUUUUCAUCCAGAGGGGCCGGCACGAGACCACCUGGACCAUCCUUCGCCGUUUCGGGUAUGAUGACGAGCUGGAGCUGACGGAUGACUACCUGUACCCACAGUUCCGCUUGCCCCCCGGCUGCUCCACGGAGCUCAACCACUUGGGCUACCAGUUCCUGCAGCGGCUGUUUGAGAAACACGACAAGGACCAGGACGGAGCCCUCUCCCCCACCGAGCUGCAGAACUUCUUCAGCGUCUUCCCCUGCGUGCCCUGGGGCCCAGAGCUCUACAGCACGGUAUGCACCACUGAUAAAGGCCUGCUUUCCUUGCAUGGAUUCCUCUGCCAGUGGACACUGGUGGCUUACCUGGAUGUGCGGCACUGCCUGGAAUGCCUGGGCUACCUGGGCUACCCCAUCCUCUCGGAGCAGGACUCCCAGACGCAGGCCCUCACGGUGACCCGGGAGAAGAGGAUCGACCUGGAGAAAGGCCAGACCCAGAGAAACGUCUUCCUCUGCAAGGUGCUGGGAGCCAGGGGCGCAGGCAAGUCCGCCUUCCUGCAGGCCUUCCUCGGCAGGAGCCUUGCGGCCCAGAGGGAGAACGCAGGAGAGUCGUCCCUCUACGCGAUCAACACGGUGCAGGUCAACGGCCAGGAGAAGUACCUUAUACUGUACGAGGUCAGUGCUGACACGAAGUUCACAAAGCCGUCGGACACAGCCUGCGAUGUCGCCUGCUUCAUCUACGACCUGAGCGACCCCCGAUCCUUCAGCUACUGUGCCAGUAUUUAUAAGCAACACUACAUGGACAGCCAGAUCCCCUGCAUCUUCGUGGCUUCUAAGACGGACCUACCUGAAGCCAGUCAGCAGCCCGGCUUCUCCCCCACUGAGUUCUGCUACAAGCACUGCCUCCCACCACCCUUCCUCUUCUCCUGCCAUGGCCAGGGCCCACCCAGCACCGCCGUCUACACGAAGCUGGCCACCGCCGCCACCUUCCCCCACUUGAACGCCGUGGAGCUGGGAGCUGCGUCCUUCUGGCUCCGGGUGGCUCUGGGGGCCGCGGUGACCGCUCUGGUAGGCUUCACGCUGUACCGUGUGCUAGCCAAGAACAAGUGAGAGUCACUCUCCACCCCGUCCUCCCCGUGACACCAGCCUCCCCCUCCCAAAUGACGCCCCAGUGAGGGGCCCUGCCUCAAGCUGGUCCCUGGUGGGAAAUCCUCCUUUCCCUCCCGGCCUGGAUCGCAGGACCAGUGAAACCAGACUUCCCAGCACCAGCAGGAUAGAU